GCCAGAUUCUGCGCACACACACACACACACACACACACACACACACACACGCACACACACACACACACACACGCACACACACGCACACACACACACACACGCACACACACGCACACACACACAAACACACAAACACACACCCUCACACAUAGUCAUGUGAUUUCCAGUAACUGCCGAGCGGAGGAGGAGCCUCCAGUGAAAGUGAAAGUGUUCAGACUCGUUCUAACAAGGAGCAGACGUGAGGUCUGAGGCUGCAGUGGUCACCAACCAGUGGAGAGUCUUCACUGUGGAUCCCAGUAAAGCUCUGGACUCACUGGCUGAGGAAACCAGAGGAAAUAGACCAGACCUUGAAUAUCUAGAAGAGCAGCGUGGCCUGAACCACAACUGAGCCGCAGCCGGUGCAACAUGGACGAGGACACUUCAGAGCAAGUUGGACCCUCAACCACAAAAGGUCAGGACCACAGACUGAGAGCAGAGUCUCCAGGGUCCAGCUGUCUGUCUCUGAAGAGUGACUGGUCCAUGAGACUUCCUCCAGUCUUCAGUAAAGAACCUGGACCCUCACACACAAAAGGUCAGGACCACAGACUGAGAGCAGAGUCUCCAGGGUCCAGCUGUCUGUCUCUGAAGAGUGACUGGUCCAUGAGACUUCCUCCAGUCUUCAGUAAAGAACCUGGACCCUCACACACAAAGUGUUUCCAAACCAGCUGCCUCCUGAGGUGGGAGCCUGGAAGUCAGGACCAGAGACUGAGAGCAGAGUCUCCAGGGUCCAGCUGUCUGUCUCUGAAGAGUGACUGGUCCAUGAGAGAUCCUCCAUUCUUCAGUAAAGAACCUGGACCCUCACACACAGAGGAGAGGAAGAGGAGUCAUGUUUCUGAGGAGGAGCAGUCGUCCUGCUGUGCUUCGUGUCAGGACGUCCUGAAGGAUCCAGUCUCCACCAGCUGUGGACACUGGUUCUGCAGACAGUGCAUCACCUCAUACUGGGACCAGUCUGGUUCUUCAGGAGACUCCUCCUGUCCCCAGUGUGGACAAAGAUCCAGAACAGGAGCUGGAGCAGAUCGUGGUCUGCAAGAGGUUUUAGAUGAACAUAAGCUCAUUGUGAGGAGGAGAUGUGAACAUGUGACUGAAGGAAGUGAUGAAACAGGAAGUAGAACCCUCCUCAACAGGAUCUACACUGAGCUCUACAUCACAGAGGGACAGAGUGAAGAGGUUAAUACUCAACAUGAGGUGAGGCAGCUUGAGACGGCUUCCAAGAUGAAGAUCCUCCAGGACACUCCCAUCAAGGUCCACGACAUCUUUAAAGCCUCCACUGACCAGCAGAGCAGCAUCAGAGUCGUCCUGACCAACGGCGUCGCUGGCGUUGGAAAAACCUUCUUGGUGCAGAAGUUCACUCUGGACUGGGCAGAGGGUUUAGAGAACCAGGAUGUGGGUCUGCUGGCUGUGCUUUCGUUCAGGGAGCUGAACCUGGUGAAGGACCAGCAGCACAGUCUUCUCACGCUGCUCCAUGUUUUCCAUCCAGCGUUACAGAAGCUCACGGCAGAGACGCUCGCUGUCUGUAAACCUUUGUUCAUCUUUGACGGCCUGGAUGAAAGCAGACCUUCUCUGGACUUCAACCACAGGGAGCUUGUGUCUGAGGUCACACAGAGGUCAUCAGUCAACGUGCUGCUGACAAACCUCAUCCGGGGGAAUCUGCUUCCCUCGGCUCUCGUCUGGAUAACCUCCAGACCUGCGGCGGCCAAUCAGAUCCCUCCUGCAUGUGUUGACAGGGUCACAGAAGUACGAGGCUUCACUGAGGCCCAGAAGGAGGAGUACUUCAGGAGGAGGUUCAGUGAUGAAGAGCUGUGCAGCAGAAUCAUCUCACACAUCAAGACGUCCAGGAGCCUCCACAUCAUGUGUCAAAUCCCAGUCUUCUGCUGGAUCAGUGCUACAGUUCUGGAGCACAUGUUGACCACAGACCAGAGAGGAGAGCUGCCCAAGACCCUGACUGACCUGUACUCACACUUCCUGCUGGUUCAGACAAAGAGGAAGAACAACAAGUACGGUGAGGGACAUGAGACGACUCCACAGCAGCUGACGGAGGCUGACAGGGACGUUCUCCUGAAGCUGGGGAGGCUGGCACUUAAACAUCUGGAGGAAGGAAACAUCAUGUUCUACCAAGAAGACCUGGAGCGGUGUGGUCUUAAUGUCACAGAGGCCUCGGUGUACUCAGGAGUUUGUACUGAGAUCUUCAGAAGAGAGUGUGUGAUCUUCCAGAAAUCAGUCUACUGCUUUGUUCAUCUGAGCGUUCAGGAGUUUCUGGCUGCAGUCUACAUGUUCCACUGUUACACCGAGAGGAACACAGAAGAACUCAACAACUUCUUGAGAACAGAUGAGGACACAGACAGUACCUUCUCCCUGGAUGACCUCCUGAAGAGAACCAUGGAGAAAUCCCUCACCAGUACAAAUGGUCAUCUGGACCUGUUUGUUCGCUUCCUUCACGGCCUCAGUCUGGAGUCCAACCAGAGAGUCUUAGGAGGCCUGCUGGGUCGGACAGAGAACAAACCAAAGAGGAUCCAGAGAGUCUUAGGAGGCCUGCUGGGUCGGACAGGGAACAAACCAGAGAUCAUCCAGAGAGUCAUCAACAACCUGAAGAAGAUGAAGAGUGAUGACAUUUCUCCUGACAGAAGCAUCAACAUCUUCCACUGUCUGACUGAGAUGAACGACCACUCAGUUCAUCAGCAGAUGAAACAGUUCCUGACCUCAGAGAACAGAUCAAAGGAGGAACUCUCUGAGAUCCACUGCUCAGCUCUGGCCUACAUGCUGCAGAUGUCAGAGGAGGUUCUGGAUGAGUUGGACCUGAUGAAGUUCAACACAUCAGAACAGGGUCGACAGAGACUGAUCCCAGCUGUGAGGAACUGCAGGAAGGCUCGACUCAGUGGUUGUCGACUCUCAGAGACUCACUGUGAAGUCGUGGCCUCAGCUCUGAAGUCAGACCCCUCACAUCUGAGAGAACUGAAUCUGAGUAACAACGACCUGCAGGACUCAGGAGUGAAGUUGCUGUGUUCUGGACUGGAGAGUCCAAACUGUCGACUGGAGACUCUGAGGUUGUGGUGCUGCAGUCUGUCAGAGAUCAGCUGUUCUUCUCUGGCUUCAGCUCUGAGGUCAAACCCCUCUCAUUUGAGAGAACUGGAUCUGAGUGGAAACAACCUGCAGGACUCAGGAGUGAAGGAGCUGUGUGGUUUUCUACAGAGUCCAACCUGUCGACUGGAGACUCUGACGUUGGAGGGCUGCAGUCUGUCAGAGAUCAGCUGUUCUUCUCUGGCUUCAGCUCUGAGGUCAAACCCCUCUCAUCUGAGAGAACUUGAUCUGGUUAACAACAACCUGCAGGACUCAGCAGUGAAGGAGCUUCUUGAUCUACAGCAGAGUCCAACCUGUCGACUGGAGACUCUGAGGUGGGAGUCUUGGUGGAGGUGAGAGUGAAGAGGACAGUGUGAAGAGGACAGUGUGAAGAGGACAGUGUGUGUGGACGGAGGCUGAGCUGUGUCCUGAGGAUCCAGAGGCUGAAGCAGCAGCAGCUUGUGUGUAGUCUCCAAUCUACACAACCCCUAAUCUGCAUGUGUUUGUGAGAUGAAGCCGGAGCACCUGGAGAAAACAUGGGGAGAACAUGCAGACUCCACACAGGAAGACCCCAUCUGAACCGGAUUCAAACCAGCAACCUUCCUGCCCCGAUUGUGUUUAUUCACAUGAAGAAUGUGUUUAUUGAAAUGACACAACACAAGCAGAAUAUAUAACCCCUCUAUAAAGAGUCACAUACAGUGUGUUUAAGUUUGUCUUUAUUAUUGUCCACCUUUGUCCCUCAGUGUGUCUCCAUGUGUGUAGAACCACAUUCUGUGUAUAUGUUUGUUUAUGAUCUUAAAGUUCCUGGAUUCACGUCACAAAUUGAUUUAGUUCAACACAAAGUUCAACACAUUGAAAUCACUUUGAGUUUAAAAUCAGAGUUUUGUCUUUGACACAAAAGAUCAAAACUCUGGACUUAAAAAUGGGACGUUUUCAUUUCUGCAUCAGGUGCAGAGCGGUGGUGGCUUUUCUACUUUUGACCCACAGGUGGCGCUGCAGUAUAACAGCAGCACAUCCCAGUCAAAGCCUUUAUAUUCAGUCUAUGAGUCAAACACAUGGAUCAUUUCCUCUGUGACAAACCAGAUGUAACGAGAAGAGCACCACCUCACCUGGGAACAGGUGCAUGCUGGGAAAUAAUUGAUGAUGGGAGGUUCCCAGCAGAGACAAGGGACAGAAAGUGUCUGAGAGACAUUUUGUGCCUGUUGUGUUGAACAGUUUGUGUUAUUUUGUGGAGACACUCAGUGUAACAUGUGACUGUCGGCCAUGUCUUCUCUGGACUCACACCAGUCUCUAGGUUGAUCCGAUGGCGGCGCGUGUAGACGCAGCGACCACUCACGCUUCUGAAAACGAGGUGUUUUGUUUACUUAAUAAAUGUUUGUCUGAAA